CUCAAAAUGCACUUCCGUUCACAGCAAAUUGUCAGGGCUAGCUUUUCCAAAAUGGUGGUCGUUUGUUGUGCUUUCCAGUGAUUUGUGAAAUUAUUAAUAUGUAAGUAAAUGAAUUUCUUGCUUAUGAUGUUCCAAAUAAGAAGUUUAUCAAUAUUGGUAAUUUAUCGCAUUUUGCUCAUUUUUAACAAGUUAUUGGUAGCGGCAUUUUGUACAUCAUAUAGCUCCUUACAAAGAAACUCGUAUCGUAGUCGCUGAUGUAUUCUUUCCUCUGAUCGAAUGAAGUCGUCAAUCGAAUUGGGAAAUUUAACGCAAUAAUGGAUGACGAUUCUGUUCCCGAGAAUACUAGUGAAACUAUCAAAGAAGUAUCUAGUGUAAACACAGAUGUUAGUAAUCCUGAACCUUCAGAAAGUGGACUUGGUAACCACAUUGAUCAUGACAUGAGUGUAACAGAGACUGAUGGUGUUACAGAAGGAACAUCCAUGGAAGUUGAUAAUCAAGAUAAUACUGACAACAGAGAAAAUGAUUCAGAGGUAACUCAAGAAGACAAGGAAAAUGUACAACAUGAUAAAGAAGAAUCACAAAUAUCUGAAACUGGAGAAUCACAGCACGCAAGCACACAAGAGACACUUGAAAAUAAGGUAAAAGAUGAAACGGAAGAUAAUGGUCAAGCUGCUAGUGAAGAUUUUGAGGUAUAUAAGGACACUGAUAUAAAUAAUGAGGAAUUGUGUAGCAAAGAUGAAAAAAAUGAUGAUAAAGAUAAAAGAGAUGAUGAAGUUGGAAAACCAGAAUUUGAGACCGCUCCUAAUAUUUCUAUGGAUGAUACGCAAGAAGAUCAUUCUGAGGCUUUAGAUCCUUUUGACGCUUUGCUCAAAGACAACACUGAUACAAAUGCAAUAGACACAGAAACUGCAACUACAUCACAAGCAGAAACUAUUAAUGCCACAGAGGAUGAUGAUGAUGAUCACAAUGCUGAUAACGUAGAUGGUGAAUUAGAUGAAGAUGAACAUCAAACAGAAGAUCCUCAGUUAGAUGAAAGCAAUGUAUCAGAAUUGGCCGAAGAACCUGGUGCAGAUGAGGAAGUCUGCUUGUUGCCAGAUACUGAGCGAGAAAUAUCAGAAGCAGACAAGGCAGAAGCUGAGAAAGUUCUUGCUGAGCAGAGGAAACAAGCUGAAGCACUGGCCCUGGCUGUGGAAGAAACUGUACCUAAAAAAGAAAAUGAAGUGACAGAUUCUGAUAUAACAAACAAGGAAGAUGUUGUCAACAAUGACUUUACUGAAAAUAUGGAUACUUCAACAGUUACUGAAGAUCCUUCUCAAGAAAAUGGUGGAGAAAAGGAAAAUGAAAUUGAUCAUGAACAAGAACCUGACCUAGAUGAAUCCAUUGAAACAGAGACUCCAGUAUCUAACACAAUUCAGGAAGUUAGUUCCUACAGUAGUACAUGUAUACAGUGUAAAAAGGAUGCCACAUGCACAUAUAGGUAUACAACAAAAGAUGGAGAAUGCAAUUACUUAUGUUCUGAAGACUGUGUUACAGCUUUCCAAGGUGAACAUCCUGGGUACACUGUUGUUCAUAAGAAAUACAUCAUAGAAGAAAUCAUGCCUAGGUUUAUGCACUGCUCAGAAUGCGAAGAUAAAAAGACAUGCUAUUUCUAUUACAAUUAUGAUGGAGAACAUACUAACUACUGUUCAAUGGAAUGUUUGCACAGUAUGAUGGCUGAUGAAAAAGAAAAAUAUGUAUUUAAACGUAGAAAGAUUACAGUCGAAGAGAUGACACCUAAAGAAGCAACAUGCUCUGUUUGCAAUGAUACAAAACUUUGUGAAUUCUCCAUGACUAGGUACGGUGAGUACAAAAUAAUAUGCAGUCACUCGUGUGUCAAGACUUUAAAUAACAGUGAAAACGGUAGAUAUGUGAUCAAAAGGAAAAGAUCUCAACGUAAAAUUGUUUCUGUACCUACUGUGUCAGUACCAACUGUCACCACGUCAAAUCCACCAUUGCUCAAAUUGAAAGUAAUUAGCAAUGCAACUGAUAAGUAUUUAGAUGAAGCUUAUAAAAUUCAGGCAAAAACGCCAGCUAUGGUUCAAGCAGCACGAGAAGAAAGAGAGCGCACUUUUUUGCGUCGUUGUACUCAUUGCGUAUUAAUUCUUCAGAUGGAUGAGAAGCUUCUAACCUGGGAGACAAUGGACUUUUGUGAUGAAGUAUGCUUAGGACGGUAUCAAAACAAAAUAGGUUCUCGUUGUGCUAAUUGUCAAAAAGGUGUUCAGCACACUAGCUUAGGAAAAUAUUGUGUUCGUUUCGGAUAUGACAUCAGACAGUUUUGUAACUCAGGUUGCUUAGAAGAGUUCAAGAAGGGCCUCAAGAUCUGUUGCUACUGUCAAAGAGAUAUAUCUGUUGGUCAUCAAGGUUUCUUGGCACCAGUAGGAGACAAAGGCCAGUUCAAAGACUUUUGCUCCCAAGUGUGCAUGGAGAAAUAUGAUCAAAUGAGCAAAAAUCCUGUUCCACAGCCAGUUUGGUCUAAAUGUGCAGUUUGUUCCUUAGAGAAGGACACAACAAUCGAAGUGGAGGUUAGCGAAGAUGUUUCACAACGUUUAUGCUCAGACCCGUGUUUUGCUGCAUUUAAAUUUGUCAACAAUAUUUUCCCAGACCAAUGCCGCUGGUGUAAAAAGUAUUUUGAGCGCAAGCAUUCGAAAUGUUUCACCAUAUACGAAGGCAACAAUCCGCAUUGCUUCUGUUCUAAGUCUUGUAUGAAUGUCUACAUCAGUAACUCGCGGCAUAUAAUGCCCUGCAACUGGUGUAAAGUCAAGAAGUACAACUUCGAUAUGAUCAGACGCAUACAAGCAAAUGGGCAAGCACUGAUGAUGUGCUCAUUGAAUUGUUUGAAUUUGUAUCAGGUGUCUGUCAAUGCUGUGUCCUCAAGAAGAACAAAGUGUGAUAUGUGCAAGAGAACAUCAUUAGCACAAUAUCACUUGACUAUGUCAGAUGCAACAGUGAGAAACUUCUGCACUUAUCAAUGUGUUAUGUCAUUUCAGGGGCAAUAUUCUAAGCACGCUCCACCUUUGAUGCCUGAUGAAUCUAUCGACCAACAGAAGGCAGUACCGGCCGGUGCACCACGUCGGACCUAUUCUGGCAAAGCUAAUAAUGCAAUGGCUAAAGGUCAGCAGCGUUCAUCUAUGCCGGUGAUCUCGAACGUCCAAUCUCUCGCUGCCCCGCCGCCUUUAACUCCUUCUGUUACGAGAGGAAAGUCUAAGCGCCACGCCCAGCCUCCCCCCGAACCCGAACCCCCUGCAGCCCCUAAAACUCCCCCGCCUCCCCCGAAACCACCUACCCCACCACCCCCACCACCUCCCAAAAUAUAUAACCACGUUAUAGUAAAAACACUACCCCCCAAAGAAGUCGCCAACAAAGCAACAAUGUCGAAACCACAAAUGGUAUCCAAAGGCGUCUCCUGCCGUCCACAUCCGUGCACUAAGGAAUGUCAAACAGACCCCAGCUUAGAGAGGCGAGUGCUGAUACCUGUUCCUGUUCCGAUAUACGUCCCUGUGCCUUGUGCCAUGUGGUCGUUACCGUUCCCCGUGCCGGUGCCCAUUCCAUUGCCUAUUCCGACUCCAGUCUUCAUUCCUACCACACGGAACUCGGCGAAAGGCAUUAUGAAGGAGAUCAACAAGAUUCAUGAUAAAAUGCCGACGGAUCCGUUCGAAGCCGAACUUCUGAUGAUGGCUGAAAUGGUCGCUGGCGACAAGAAGAAGGAUCAGAGCGAUUCGGAUACUGAUGAUGACAAUGGUGAAGAUAGCUUUAGCCCUGUAGCCGGUAUGGAUGGUAACAAUGCAUUCGGCGAAGACAUGCUACAAAUGGCACUCAAGAUGGCUACCGAGUAUGAGGACCAACCUGUGGACCUUGAAUCGGCGAUGACAGCAAACACAAUCACACCCAGCUCACAUCCCGGCAUGCCUGGUUUGGAAGGCGACAGCAUGCACCACCACCACAUGAUGGUGAUGGAGCAGCACCGCGCGGUGGCCGCACUGCGAGCAAGCGCGGGCGCGGGUGCGGCGACGGGUGCGGCGGCGACCGCGGCAGCGGCGGGCCGGAAGCGGCCGCCUGCGCCCCCCGCGCGACCCUCGCGCUCCUCCAAGCGGCGCCGCGCCGAGCCCGCGCCGCCGCCGCAGCCCGAGCCGCCGCGCGAACCCGCCGAGAAGCCUGACGCCAACAUGUGUCUCAAGUAUACGUUUGGCGUGAACGCGUGGAAACAGUGGGUGAUGACGAAGAACGCAGAGAUAGAGAAGAGCUCCAUACGACGGAAACCCUUCAAGUCGGAGAUAUUGCAACUGACUGCGGAUGAACUCAAUUAUUCGCUAUGUUUGUUCGUGAAGGAAGUUCGGAAACCGAACGGCAGCGAGUACGCGCCGGACACUAUUUAUUAUUUAGUAUUAGGAAUUCAACAAUAUCUCUUCGAAAAUGGUAGGAUAGACAACAUAUUUACGGAUCCAUAUUAUGAAAAAUUUACGGAUUGCUUGGACGAAGUCGCUAGGAAGUUCUCAGUUUUAUACAAUGAUUCACAAUACAUAGUAACUAGAGUUGAAGAAGAGCAUUUAUGGGAAAGUAAACAACUGGGAGCGCAUUCGCCCCAUGUGUUGCUGUCUACGCUUAUGUUUUUCAAUACAAAACAUUUUAAUCUAGUGACUGUGGACGAACAUAUGCAGCUAUCAUUUUCACAUAUUAUGAAGCAUUGGAAACGGAAUCCUAAUCAACCUGGUCAGACAAAGGUACCAGGUUCGAGAAAUGUCCUAUUACGGUUCUACCCCCCACAGUCAGCACUAGAAGCCAAUUCCAGAAAAAAGAAAGUAUAUGAACAGCAAGAAAAUGAAGAGAACCCACUUCGGUGUCCUGUAAAAUUAUAUGAAUUCUAUAUAUCAAAAUGCCCCGAAUCGGUCCGCACCCGCAACGACGUAUUCUAUCUACAACCGGAGCGGUCUUGCGUGCCUGACUCCCCCGUGUGGUACUCCACGCAGCCGCUCAGCCGCGCCGCGCUCGCCAAGAUGCUGCACCGCGUCAAGAUGGUGAAGGAGAUCAACAUCGCGCUGCUCACCAGCUAAGAUUGCUCUUCACCCUCGUGUGGAUUUGGAAACUACGCAACAAUUCGACCCAACAGAUUACAACCCGAACUAUAGCUGCUGGAUACUAAGUGAUUGGUUGUAAUUUUACUACAGACAUGCAAGAAGUCACCUUAUUGUUGUAAAGAUGGUAACAGUGUAUAUUUUUUCUACUUUGUAUAUCAGUCUACAUAUGGACGUCGAAGAUUAUUUUAAAGCAUAGUUUAUAAUAGAUGUCUUUUUUAUAAUGUUGCAAUGUUUAAGAUUAAGAUUUCUGUGCGGGACUGUUUUGUAUGUACAGUUUGUGAUGGUACUAGGUUGUCAUUGAAAAUUGACAUUUCAAAUAAUAAUUUAUCGAUGUCAAAAAUCGGCAUUGUAGAGAAAAUAAUAAUGAAUUUAUUUAGAUUAUUCCAAAAUCGCUAGAUUAUUUUCAAUCAUAAUUGUAUAUACGCCAGGCGACUUGCACGCAUAAUUAUAUUAUUAUAUUCAUUGCGGUAAAUUAUGUCAUUAAAGGAGGUGGGUGACUUAAGUUUCCUCAGUGCCAGGUCGAAUGGAAUUUUAUUACACUCAUGUAAUAAUAAAUACAAUAGAUUAGAAUGUAAGUAACAACAAUUCCAAGAUUUUAGUGGAAGACGCACUUUUGUUUUAUAGUAGCAUUAUUCGUUUUAUAAAUCGGAAAGCAGUUAUAUCUCAAAUAGAAAUUUUUAUUGAAGAAUAAUUAUAUAGCUUAGGAAAAGAGUCAGAUUCUUAUUAUAUUUUAAGAGUAAUGGCGUCUAAUAAGGUCUAGGUUACUGAUGUGUAAAAAGAAUACUGAUUCUCUAUAUAUGUGUUUCACUUAUAUAAUCCCUCUUAAGCCCAUAGAAUUAAAAACGGUAUUGAGGUAAUACUUGCAUGUAAAAUCUGUUUUACUGCCCACACUCGAACAGAGGCGUUAAUCAUUUUUAAAUUCUAUAAGGCGCUUAGCAGACGACGGGGCGGGGCGGGCAUUUUGUCCGCGAAGCAAUAAAGACCGCGUUUGCCCAUCGAUGUCUGCGGCUGCCCGCGCCGCGUACACAAAGCACACGACGGGCAGAGGCGGUCAGUUCAAUACAUUCGUUCUAGUGAAUAGUCCUAAAAAGCGCGUGGCGUGGACUGAGCUAGCCGCCCCGCGCCGCCGCCUGCGUUACUGCAUAUAAACUGGUUUGUAUGAUCCACGGCGGGCAGCCGCGGACAUGCCGCGCCGCCACCGCACCUGCGGCGCAGUCUUUUUGCCCUCUGUGUGCGUUUGAAGUAUAGGAUUCACUUAGUGCU